AUGGAGCGGGGCGGCGGGGGCGGGGGGAGCCUCGAACUUGCCGGGGGCGGAGGCGGUGGUGGCAACGCGGAUUUGUGCCUUCAGGAUCUCGUUACGGGAUCGACAACCGGUCUAUCGGUCCAGCAUCAUCAGCACACGUCUGCCACGGGGUCCAUGGCCGGACACCAGGGCGAACACAUUCAGGCGCCGAUGCAAAAUCUCAAUCUUUACGGAAACCCGCACCACGACGCGUCCAUGUUACACAACUCCAGUUACCAGCUGCUUCACGAACCUCUGGAGAAACUAAAACGUGUAUGGACGCAAGGCGACUUCAGAGACGACACGAACGGGGGGUUGGCGAGGCUCGACUCGACGGGUCACGGAGCUCACACCCCGGGUGGAAGCAACCCCAGCACACCGGGUGCGACACCCACGACACCCUCCGGUGGAUUCUCUACCGCUCAGUCCAGGUCCCGCACCAACACCACGCACAGGCCAGACAUCCGAAAAGGUGGUCGGACACCGACAGAAGUGAAACACGAAUUGGAAGCCGGCGGAGGGGUAGUUUCGCCCGCUGGUGUGGUCGGGGUAAACGACGCGGACGAUAAGGACGGAAAGAAGAAGAAACGCCAGAGGCGGCAGAGGACACAUUUCACGACGCACCAGAUUCAGGAGAUGGAGGCUUUGUUCACGAGGAAUCGGUACCCAGACAUGCCGACCAGGGAAGAGCUGGGACAGUGGAUGAAUCUUCAAGAAGCUCGAGUCAGGGUAUGGUUCAAGAACAGAAGAGCGAAAUGGCGGAAGAAAGAGCGGAAUGUGAUGAACGUGGCAGCGGCGGCGGCGGCGGACUUCAAGGCCGGCUUCAGCACAGCCAGUUUGAACGGUUUCAUCGGCCAGCCGUUCGCCGACCCCGACGCGCUCUACAGUUCGUACAGCACGUACAACAAUUGGGCGGCAAAGGUACCGUCGCCCCUGGGCAGCAAGAGCUUCCCCUGGGUGAACACUCUGGGCUCCGUGGUGCCCACGGCGUCCCACCAUCACCAUCACACGCAGGUGAACCCCGUGAACUGCUUCAACGCCGCGGCCACGUCCGUCGCUGGCAGCCACAUGGGUGGGAUGUCGGUGUCGGUGGGCCAGGCGGCCACGUCCAUGUUGCCCGGGAUGGGAUCCGGCCUGGGGGUGGCCGGUUCACCGGUGGCGGCGUCCGGCGCUGCGUGUCCUUACGCGACGCCCGCCGCCCCCCAUCACCCUUACGGACCACCGGUGUACACAUCGCACCAUAGAACGACGGCGGCCCCGGAGAUGACCUCGAGCAGCAUCGCCUCGCUGCGACUGAAGGCCAGGCAGCACAGCAGCGGGUACAGCGGCCUCAGCGGCAGCUCCGCGGCCGGAAGCCCGGUCAGCUCCAGGGCGUCUUCCGUGGGAUUCGUCGGCGGGCUGAGCGCGUGUCAAUACGCGCUGACGACGACCGGGGAGGCGAACCCGCACUCGCCCGGAAGUGCAGAGGCCCACGCGAACGCAACCGCGAGGACUCAAGUCUGA